AUGGAGCGAAUUAUGUAUGAUCAACUGUAUAACUAUUUAACAAAAUUUGAACUCCUUAGCGAUUCUCAAUUCGGUUUUCGAAAAUCUCAUUCUACAGCAACUGCAUUACUGGACUGUACCAAUGAUUGGUAUAUGAAUCUAGACAGAAAAAUGUUUAACCUAGUAGUCCUAAUUGAUCUAAAAAAAGCAUUUGAUACUGUUGAUCAUCAAAUUCUAUUGAGGAAGUUAGAACUUUAUGGAAUAAAAGGAGAAGCUCUAACUUUGCUCAAAUCUUAUCUCACAAACAGAAACCAGAAGUGCCAAAUUAAGAAUUCCUUUUCUACAGAGCGAUUGAUUAAAUGCGGUGUACCACAAGGCUCUAUCUUAGGACCACUAUUCUUUCUGCUAUAUAUAAAUGAUUUACCUCAGUGUCUAAACAAAACAAAACCUCGAUUGUUUGCUGACGACACAAAUCUGACAGCAUCGGGAGAUUCUAUAAUUGACCUUGAAACUGCA